AUGCCAGGCCAGAAAUUAAACUCGGCAGCUGAGGUUGCAAGAAGUGUGGAGAACGACAUCGAACCAGGCGAGCAGUCCUACAAGGAGGAACGACAAAAUGACGGCCAAGGGGCCACCAAGUUCAAGCACUUGGCCUCCUCGCCAAUAGAGGCCAGUUCCAAGGACCGCAUUUAUCGUGAUCAUCUAUAUUGGUACCAUUUGUUCAAGAUUUUCUGGGAUGCGAUGUUCUAA